UGCUGCUGAUAUCUCCCAGCAUCUGUCCUCCCAGUGCCUAGCAGAGAGAGAUGCCAGAUCCCAGGGACCAUCCUGGAGGGCGGUAACUGUCACAGAGACAACAUACCUAAUUCAUCGACAAGACCACAAUCUGAUUGCAAAGAUGUGUUCCACGAACCCGGGCAAUUGGGUCACUUUUGAUGAUGAUGCUGCUUUUCAAUCUUCUCAAAAGCCAAAGAAUUUUCCUCUGGAAAAUCAAGGCACCUGUAGGCCAAAUGGACUCAAGCUGAACCUCUCGGGUCCUAGGGAGUUUCCCAGUGGUCCCUCCUCCACCAGCAGCACCCCCCUCUCCUCUCCCAUCAUAGACUUCUAUUUCAGUCCAGGACCUCCAAGCAACUCUCCCCUUCCCACACCCACCAAAGACUUUCCAGGUUUUCCUGUUGUCCCCAAAGCAGGAACUCACGUGCUUUAUCCUCUCCCGGAGUCAUCUGCCAGCAGUCCACUCACACCGGGAGCAGCUUCCUCCUGCUUGCCUGCCAGGCCAUGUCUGUCCCAGGCUUCCUCGCCCAGUGACCACUCAGGUACACACCCAGCCCCCAAAGUGGGUCUUGCAGAUGAAGGCCCUCACCCGGCUGCAGACCCCGGGCUCCAAAGUGAUACCUCCCAGUUUCAGUAUUUUCGGGAGGACUGUGCUUUCUCAAGUCCAUUUUGGAAAGAUGAGAACAGUGCUUCCCUGUUUCCCACUGAUCCUCCAGGAAGCAGAAAGACUUUCCCAUCAAGGGACAAACAGAUACCCACGGAGCAAAAAAGCUUAAAUCAGUGCUCCCUCAGCUACAUUUGUGAGAAGCUUGAACAUCUCCAGUCAUCUGAAUACCAGGACUCCCUUGGAAGUUUGUCCACACAAUGUCUGCAUGCGGAAGACGCUGCCUCUUCCUUUGUUCCCCAUACACUCUUCAGAAGUCAGCCCAAAACUGGAUGGUCUUUUAUGCUGAGAAUUCCUGAGAAGAAGAACAUGAUGUCUUCCCGGCAGUGGGGACCCAUUUUUCUGAAAGUCUUGCCUGGAGGAAUUCUGCAAAUGUAUUAUGAGAAGGGGUUAGAAAAACCAUUCAAAGAGUUACAGCUAGAUCCACAUUGCAGGCUUUCUGAACCCAAAGUUGAGAACUUUAGUGUGGCAGGAAAAAUCCAUACUGUGAAGAUUGAACAUGUGGCUUACACAGAAAAAAGGAAAUACCAUUCUAAGACAGAACUAGUUCAUGAACCAGACGUAGAACAGAUGCUGAAGUUGGGGUCCACAGAGUACCACGACUUCCUUGAUUUUCUGACUACUGUGGAGGAGGAGCUGAUGAAGCUGCCAGCUGUUCCAAAACCCAAGAAGAACUAUGAGGAGCAAGAAAUUUCCCUGGAAAUUGUGGACAACUUUUGGGGGAAAAUCACAAGAGAAGAAGGAAAAUUGGUAGAAAGUGCUGUGAUAACUCAAAUCUGUUGCCUCUGUUUUGUAAAUGGAAACACGGAAUGCUUUUUAACCUUGAAUGAUCUUGAAUUGCAGAAGCGAGAUGAACACUAUUUUGAAAAAGACCCAGACAAGAAAGGGAUUGUUAUUCUGGACUAUCAUUUUCAUAAGUCCGUAAAAGUGCAAGAAUUUGAGCAAUCAAGAAUCAUUAAGUUUGUACCCCUGGAUGCCUGCCGGUUCGAACUGAUGCGUUUUAAGACUCUGUACCAUGGAGAAGAUCUUCCCUUUUCCCUGAAGUCUACGGUUGUGGUCCAGGGGGCAUAUGUGGAACUUCAGGCCUUUGUCAACAUGGUCCCGUCACAGGCCAGUUCCUCGAGGUCCUGUGACAACAUAAUGAUACACUUUCCUGUCCCUUCACAGUGGAUUAAGGCUCUCUGGACCAUGAACCUCCAGAGGCAGAAGUCCCUGAAAGCCAAGAUGAAUCGCCGGGCUUGUCUGGGGAGUUUACAAGAGCCUGAGUCUGAACCUGUCAUACAGGUCACAGUGGGAUCAGCGAAAUACGAGAGUGCCUACCGGGCCGUGGUGUGGAAGAUUGACCGGCUUCCCGAUAAAAAUUCAAGUCCUGAUCAUCCCCAUUGUUUGUCGUACAAACUAGAACUUGGGUCAGACCAAGAAAUCCCCUCUGACUGGCACCCAUUUGCCACUGUUCAGUUUGGGAUACUUGGUGCCUGCGCCUCACGGACAGAGGUCAGGUCCCUGGGGGUGGAGAGUGAUGUCCAGCCACAGAAACAUAUCCAGCAGCGGUCCUGCUACAACAUCCAGGUUGAAAUAGAGAAGAAGUGGAUUAAAAUUGACGGAGAAGAUCCAGAUAAAGCUGGUGACUGCGUCACGCAAUAGGAGCAGCGAGAGUAAAUGACGACUCAGUUUUCAGCUAUGUAAUUCACAGAAAGUGAACCAUAUGAAGUUUUGCUGCUGUACAGUGGAGACGACUUCUGAAUAGAGGUCCAAUGUCUGUGGUUAGAGAAGUUUAGACCUGAAACUGAACAAUCUAUAUUUUAUGCUUUUGAUAUGUUUGUGCCCCAGGGGUUGAAUCUAAAAUGUAUCUGUAACUUGUGUGAUGUUUAGUUUCCUAUUGAAACUCAAAAGCACUGUUAUUCAGUGUGUUACCUGACUGCCAGCUUGGGUAAAGGGUUUUGAUUUGUGAUUACUCAGUGGCUGAUUGUUUUGUACCCUGGAUUCCCAAGUGCCAUAUUUAUUGUCCUCCAGUAUCCUUUUCUUGCUGUGUUAGCACCUGUAUUGGAGGGCAAGGCAAUCAAAUGAGACAUAACCAAAUUACUUAAUUUACUCUCUGACUCAUCCUUUAAAUACAGCUGGUAUUGGAACCACAACUUAUGAGUUGUGGAAAUACCUGCAAUUUUGAAUUAUUUAGCCUUCCUGUCUUCAUACCACACUGGUGACUAAUCAUCAGCAGUAUUUGGUACCUCCCUUACCCCAACUGUAUUCUCAUUUUCAAAAUGUGUUUGUAUUCUGGCUUGUACGGCAAAGAAGCUAUUUGAGUUGACAUACAUAUUUUAGUGCAAGUCACUAAGACUUACUGCCUUUACUGCCUUUUGCUUGGAGAAAUUCCUUUCAAAAAUGGAAUCCCAGUGUUGGAUACUAGCUAAAAUAUUUAUGUACAUUAGAUAUGAAUUUUUAAAGUUCAUGAAUAUGAUUUCCCAAAAGUACAGAUGCUAAAAAAUAUUUUGAUAAAGUAUUAUUUGUAAUUAACACAAGCCUCUCUUGAGUAGAAGUUUAAAUUAUAUUAUGAUUAUUUUAUGUUAGUUCUGCUGUUGUGCUAUUAAUGCUAAUUCUGUUUAAUUUAGAGUAUUUUUCUUGAAAAGAAGGCAAAGUGAAAGAUACUAAAUUAAUGUUAUCUAGAUUUCCAAGAGGUGGCAUUCUGUUUUUUACAGUUAGAUUAAUCUUUGGUUUAUAUGGAAAAGUCAGUGACAUUAGCAUUUAUAAUUCAGGUUAUGAUUUCCUUUCAGUAUUUAUAGUGAAAGGAUAAACUUUUGAAAUUUAUGAAAUUUAUAUUCUAGCUAUUUUUUAGCCUGAAAAACAAAGCCUUCCAUGUAGUAUUAAAACACCUUUGAGUUACAUUGAAUCUUAAAUAUGACUAGGAGGUAUUUUUCUUUAUUUACCAAAGUGUUUGAUUAAAAACAGAUGUAAUAAUGUUCUUCCAAAUAACACUUAUUUGUUGGGCCGCAGAACUUAUGUCAUACAUUUUAUUAAUUUGUAUUAGAUUCAUUUUAAUUUGUUAAGAAAUGGAUUCAAACAAACAUUAUGAUGGUCAGUACCAAUCAACAGAUUUUAUUGCUUUUUUUUUUUUUAAAGAUUUAUUUAUUUGUGCAUACAGAACUAGGGUACAGGCCAGAG